AUGGCGCUCAUCUAUGUAGAUGACAUAGUGAUAACAGGCAAUGAUGCUACUGCUAUACAGAAUCUCAAAGAAUUUUUGCAUCAACAAUUUCACAUCAAAGAUCUCGGUUCUUUAAAUUUUUUUCUUGGCUUGGAAGUUUCAAGGUCCAAAGAAGGCAUUGUAAUCUCUCAACGAAAAUAUACCUUAGAGAUUAUAGAUGAUUUUGGUUACUUAGGUGCUCAACCUUCGAAUUUUCCAAUGGAAGUAAAUCUAAAGCUUACGGAUGAUCAAGGUGAUUUGCUACAUGAUCCAGAACGCUAUAGGAGAUUAGUUGGACAAUUAAUCUACCUCACAAUCACAAGACCAGACAUCACAUACUCAGUCAAUAUCCUAAGCCCAUUUAUGCACGCACCAAGAAAGCCUCAUUGGGAUGCGGCUCUUCGCAUUAUUAAGUAUCUUAAAGGAAGUCCAGGUCUCGACUUGUUGUUUUCAUCAAGCAAUUCUUUCAACUUGAAGGCUUAUUGUGAUGCAAAUUGGGCAAACUGUCCUAUGACUCGAAGAUCAACCACAGGUUAUUGUGUGUACUUGGGAAAUUCACUGAUUUCAUGGAAGGCCAAGAAGCAAAAAACAGUCUCUAGAUCAUCCUCAGAAGCUGAGUACAGGUCCAUGGUAGCAACAACUUGUGAAUUGACUUGGCUCAGAUUUUUGCUUAAUGACAUGCAGAUUUCCACAGGACCAGCAAAGUUACUAUGUGAUAAUCAAGCUGCACUUCACAUAGUAGCAAAUCCAGUAUAUCAUGAGUGCACCAAGCACAUAGAACUCGAUUGCCAUGUUGUAAGAGAAAAGAUACAAGAAGGUCAAAUUGUUACAGAAUUUGUUCCAUCUCAUUUGUAG